GCUGUGCUGGAUGCUCUGCUCUGCUGCAGGGAGCUGUGCCAGCCGCCUUCCUGGCUUGCUGGAGCCUACUCGAGUUCAGGCUUCAGGGAGGCCUACUCGGAGGAGGCCUCUCUGGAAGCCCCACUGCCCACCCGCCGAUCAGCUGAGAGGCGCCAGGGAGAGAAGAAGAGCUGCUCUGCAGUUUUCAGGCUGCUUCGAUCCCAGGCCGGAGCUGGAGGUUCUAUAGCAUCGUCCAGUUACCUCUACUCAGAAGUAAUAGUGCCAAGACAGCUGGACUCAAGGGACCUUUUAAACAAACAGGCAGAUGCGUCUUAUAUAAUUAAAGUGGACGGAAACUACCACAUUGUUCACCUUAAACAGAGAUCCUUUAUAACUUCAAAUAUGCCUGUCUAUUCUUACAAUAUGAAGGGAGUCGCAAUUGCAGAUUAUCCAUAUAUUCAGGAUGAUUGCUAUUAUGGUGGCUAUGUAGAAGAUGCUCAAGACUCUGAAGUUCUCCUCUCUACCUGCAAUGGGCUUUGGGGACACUUGCAAAUUGGGAGUUUAAGGUAUGAAAUUGAACCCAUUGAGAACUCUUCCACAUUUCAGCACCUUAUUUAUCAAAGGACUGUGGAGCAGCAUGAACCCUGCAAAGGAAUCCUUAAAGAAGGAGCAGGUUUGACAAGUGAAGACACAGAACUUAUAAUGCUUGAUGACACCUUGAUUCCUGAUAGGGCUAUAGAUGACACCCACUAUUCUGCACCUAUCCGGCAUCUAGAGUACUAUCUUGUUGCUGACAAAAGCAAGUUUAUCGCUGAAAACCGCAAUGAAUCUCAGUUGGUGUUAGUGAUGCUGCUCAUGAUGGCUGACGUUCACAAUAUGUAUUUUGCAAUGGGUCUUCAUAUUUAUGUGGUAGGUCUCGAGCUGUGGACAGAGAAAGACUACAUAACAAUCGGCACUACUAACCUCGGCAUAACAUUGGAUGCAUUUUACCAUUAUGCCACUUUUGAGCUCCGGCAUCGAGUACAUCUUGAUCAUUCUGGAAUCAUUACGACUAAAGGGAGUCCUGCUGGACUUGCAUGGGGAGACCGUUUUUGCCUUUACAAUCAAGCAUCCGUGUCUGCUAUCCGUGCAUGUGGCAAUCUCAUGCUUGAUGCCGAAACAAUUGCACAUCAGUUGGGUCAUUCUCUUGGCUUUAGCCACGAUGACACACUCGUCAAUAAAGCUCGACACUGUGACUGUAAUUGCACCAUUCCUGGCAAGUGCAUCAUGACAUCAAACAAUGUAACGUGUCGAAGACUGAGUAAUUGCAGCAGGCAAGUCUAUUAUGAUACAAUAAGAAAACCAGGAAAAGAGUGUUUUCUUAAUGUACCUCCAAAAAGAUUUAGGCCGAAGAUGUGUGGGAAUGGUGUCCUUAACGACCAUGAAGAAUGCGACUGUGGCCGUGAUGAGGAAAUAGGAGGAGGAAUCAUGAAUGAAUUCCUUAAGCCACUACCUAAAAAAGACAAACAAAAGUCAACAGAUAAAGGUGAAUCAACAUCCAGCAAUUCACUAAAAGGUCCCAAAUCACCAGCUUUCAAAGGGCCCAGUGAAUGCAGAAAGAAUGGCUGUUGUCAAAAGAACUGUAAAUUCAAGCCAGGCAUUGACUGUCUUUAUGGGCUCUGCUGUGAGAACUGUAAGUUUAUAGGCAAGGGAACCAGGUGCAGAGAAGCGGUUUCAGCGUGUGACCUUCCGGAAUACUGCAAUGGAACUGAUGCUGAUUGCCCACCAGAUGUCUAUAAACAAGACGGGAUGUCCUGUGGCGGCAGCGACAGUUGUUAUAAGGGGCAAUGCCUCAACUUCCACCAUCACUGCACAGCACUCUUUGGCAAAGAUGCAAAGCCUGGCCCACCAAGCUGUUUCAAGGAAGUCAACUUGCGAGGCGACCGGUCUGGCAACUGUGGCAAAGAAGGACCAAAGUAUAAGAAAUGCCUAGAAAAGGAUGUCUUUUGUGGGAGGGUCCAGUGCACUAAUAUUAAACAAAUUCCAAAAUUCUCAACUGGGCAAGCUGUAGUUCAGACCCCAGUGGAGCAGACCUGGUGCUGGGGCACAGAAUUUCAUCUCGGGAAAGAUGUUGAUGUCGGAGCAGUGAAAGAUGGAACAGCCUGUGGUUCAGACAAGAUAUGCAUCAAUAGAUCGUGCGUUGACCGGGCAGUUCUCAAGUUUGACUGCGAUUUCUCAAAAUGCAACAACAGAGGGGUGUGCAAUAGCAAGAAAAACUGCCAUUGCAGUUAUGGAUGGGCCCCUCCUUUCUGCGAAGGCCGAGGAUAUGGAGGUAGUGUCGACAGUGGGCCGCCUCCACCCUACACGAUGGCUGUCGGUCUCAUAAUUGCAAUAGUUAUCCUGGUUGGGCUGGCUCUUGUUGCACUGGGCUUUGUUGCCGCAUUUAAGAGACAGAAAUUGAAGAUUUGGUUUGCCAGCAUGAACAAGAAAAACAUACCGGCAGAACAAGAAGAUACAGAGUCAAUUAAAAGCCAACUGUCGAAAGAUGCUGCAUCUUCUGAGGCAUAGACUACCUUGCUGCAGAGCAGAAGAAGCCCUAAAGACCCCACCACCCACCACUUCAGCUUGGCUUUUAAUAAUAUUUAAGUGGCUUUAAUGGUUUUUUAAAUGAGUUUUGUGUCAAUAUUUUAAAUGGUUUUAUUUA